GGAGCACCAAAUUUCUAAAACCCCAAAAAUUCGUGUCCUCUACUGUUUCUUCUUCUUCUUCUUCUUCUUCCUCUUCUCGUUAUGCCAAAGCCUGAGAGCUUGUGGGAUUUAUGACUGAAGUUCGAACAAGAGCGUAACUGGAAAUUCGAUUCAAUUGGGGGUUCUCUAUGGUUCUGAGCAAAGGUGACGAGCACAGAAGCAGCGAGAGAUCGAUGAGGAGUGAGAAAGAGAAUGAAAAUGGCGAGAUACCCGACUUGGAGAAGCAGCAGAGUGAUAGCCGAGCUGAGCCUAGCUCACUUUCCAAUUCCUCAGUCGGUGAUACGGUGCCGCCGCUUCUAAACGUCGUCGUUUUGGAUGAGGCAUCUCGCGAGGUUCAUGAGCAAACCACCGCCAAUUUGUCAAGGGAGGUACCUUCUCCCAAAAAGGGUGACCUGUCGAGAACUUCCAGCUCUCAUGAACAAUGCAGAGUGUGUCAGCAGGAGAAAGAUGAAGUUUUGAUAGACCUUGGAUGUCAAUGUCGAGGUGGGCUUGCAAAAUCCCACAGAUCAUGUAUAGACACUUGGUUUCGAACCAGAGGAUCGAACAAAUGCGAGAUAUGCCAAGGGGUAGCUGCAAAUGUGCCACCUCCACAAUCCCAGCCAACUGGGAGCUACUGGGUCUGGAGAGUUGACUCAACCUAUCGGUCACAAAAUCGAGACAGGCAGGGUUGUGUUAGCCCACUUUAUGUGGCAUUUUCAAUCCUCAUUGGUGGUCUGCUGUUGGACGUGCUAAUAUCCGUUACCCUCGGUGUCUCUGCACUCCCCAUUAACAUCAUUAUAGGUAUUAUUGUGGUUCUUGGACUUGGAACUGCACUGAGACUUAUCUUGGAAUUCUUCCACCAGUGGAGUUUGAGGAGAGUUGUGCAGAGGGUGGACACAAAUGUGCCUCUUGGUUACCAUCCUGCUUUGUAGGUAAAGCUGUAAAUAAACAAGAUAUGUAGAAGUGGAACUUAAACUUUAUGGCAUGAGGUGUAUAAUUUUUACUUUGUUGUUUGUUUUGUUUAGGGCACCAUUGCUGAUUACCUCUUUCCAAUGUACCAUUUUCAAUUUUAUUAGUUGAUUUGAAAAGUUGUUAUUUAAACUGCACAUCCAUAUUAUCUUAUUAGAAUUAUGCGGAUUAUGAGCCGUUGAUGCUUUGUAGGAUCUGAAUUGUAUGAACAACACAAUACAUUAACGGUUGAUGAUCACUUAAGUCCAAUAAUUAGAAUUUAGGCUACUAUGGAGUGAAAGGAUGGGGCGGCCGACCAAGGGCAUGAGAAGUCGUGGGAUGUCAUUGGGGUUUGAACAAGACUUUGCAUUAUGUUACAAAACCUACAGACAUAGACGAUAUAUAUUCAUGUGCCGCAGUGCCGAGAAUAUAACUUUUAUUAAAGGUGGCAAGUGGCGACAUUUUAUUUGGGACUACGAUCCUUUUCUCA